CCUGUUGGCGCCUAUGUAGUCUAAUUUCGUGCGCGAUAAUUCAUCCAGAUUUCCCGCGACUUUUGUCAUCUAUCGUUUGUUCUAGUCAGGCGUCUAGAAAAGCCUCGAAAAAACAUUAAAAGGUCAAAGCAAUCCACCUGAACGUUUAAUAGAAGCCACCGUAUGAUCGUUGGAAGGUGUAGCGUUAAAACUUGCAACGAAUGAUUCGAGUGAAGUCGAGACGUCUAAUUAAUAAAUUGCAGUCGAUGCUGACGUACAAUGGCUGCGCUGGAGGAACGGUGGACACGGAGAACGGUUCUCCAGCGGAGUCAAUAUUGUCCGGCGAAGGAGAACUCGCGGAGGAAGUCGGCGAUUCUUCUGGCACGUCGAGAGACACGGAGGAGGAAGCGACGCUCUCGGAUGAAUUUUAUUCCCAUGACACCGAUGAGGAAGAGGACCAAGGCAAGAAAAGGCGAGAUCGCAACAAUUCCCUAGACGGCAUUUCGUCUUCAGGCAGUGGUCACCUCGGUUCACCAACUUCUCGUGUAGGGACUUUGGGAGUUCGAAAGUUAUUCACGAACAGUCGUGAACGUUGGAGACAGCAGAAUGUUAGUGGAGCCUUUGCCGAGCUUCGAAAAUUGGUGCCUACUCAUCCGCCGGAUAAGAAACUAUCUAAGAAUGAGAUCUUGCGAAUGGCGAUUCGGUACAUACGACUGCUAAGCAACGUUCUGGAAUGGCAAAAGGCGCAAGAACGAAACGAAGUGACGCAACACGAGGUCCGGAUCAAAUGCGAGCCUAAUCUUGCCACUCACAAUUCAACGGGCUAUCUCGUAAAAUCCUCGACAUCAUACUUGAAGCAGGAGAAGCAUACAAGCGAGAACCACGCGUACAGAACGAGCUUCAGUAGCCAAAAACAACUACAGCAUCCGAUAUCUCACGUAGUGUGUGAUAAGAACGGAAACAAUUUGUUAAUGAUCGCGCCUUCUGGUCACAGUAUAACAAAUGCUGCGUGCAAAAGAAGCAUGACACCGUCAACGGUCGUUGCACAAAAUUCUAUUCCGCCAAAUGCGUUGACCAACGGAAGUUUGACGCGAUCUUUGUCUGGUUCGCGAUCUUCCACCUUUCCAAAGUCGCCUCAAAUAAACGCUCAGGUCAUAACUAGCUCGAGUAUUCUAACAAAUUGUUCGCCGAGUGUUUCUGUAACGAGUAGCGCGUCCACUAUUACUGGAAGUGCGGUAAAUUCCGGCCAGAAGAGGCCAAAAAUCGAGAAAGAGGAAGAGGAACAGUUAUCUGGACAAAGCAGAGAUUGUAAACCUCUGACAUCCUCUGUACACGGGAUACCCACAAGGAAGAGGGUAAAGAUGUUCGUUAAAGAUUCUAGUGCAGGAUUUCGUAGCGAUUUUCGAAAUAUCGAGCGUAAAUAAGAUGGAAGAGCAUAUGAUAUUUUGAAAAUAACUUUCUUUCAUCAAUUGAAACUAACUAAUUAAUUUACUACUAACUAAUUUACUAGUUCGUUUAUGGUUUGAUUUACGGGUUUGUUAUUCGGGAUAGGAUCGUAAGAUACAAAAUUGUAAGUUUGUUUUUUAAGUGCAAUCUAGUCUAGAAUAAGUUUUGAUAGUACCGUGAGUUUAAGAUACAAAUGAUCGUGAUGUUUCUUUGUGUAAAAUCAAGAUGAUUGAGAUGUCAUCUUUUUUUUUUAAAGAAUAUUUUAUUAGUUAAAUCAUAUUACAUAUUACUUGUACGGCAUUAGGUACACUUUUCUUUUACGUUUUACAUUCUGUCGCGAUCGUACAUGAAGUAAUGCAAUGUUUUUCAACGUCGUACAAUAAUUAUUGAAAAUCAGUUUCAUUUGAAACUUCAUAAAGCAUAUCGACUCCUUUCAAAAUCAUGAUUGAAAGCUGCAUACCGUUCGACGAUAUCGUCAUAAAUUAUACUCUUACAAGAAUCCUCCAUAUAUAAAACACCAUUUCCGGCAUACGGCACACAUAUUCAAAAUUUGACACCGAAUUGUGGCAAAAGGGAGAAUUUCAGGUGCUGGUGAACUUCCAACGACUACGUGUGUAACAUUUGACUAGAACAACUGUCUUACUAACGAUCACGGGUUGACGAAAUAAAUUAUUGAACGUAAAUUUAUCAAA